UUUAUUCUGAACAAUUCUUUAUGUACGUUGGAAUCUGGAAAAGCCAAAUUUCUUGAUUACAAUGUCAGCGUAAUUACAAAUAAAUAUAUAUUUGGCGAAAAAAGCAUUCGUAUAGAAGUUUACAUAAAAUGGACAGCAUUCAACAAGCCGCUGCAUUAGAAAAAUGGGGAUUCACAUUGCCAGAACUAUAUCGAUUGGCGCUAAGUUUCUACAAACAGAAUUCAGGCAAAGCAAUACACCUGUCAUAUGAGGAUAAUUUAAAAUUGAUAGCUUUUAAGCAACAAGCUACAAUUGGUCCUUUCGAUGCUAGCAGUGCGCCCGAGUUAGGGGUGCUGGACGUCAUUGGGCGUGAUAGGCGGAUGCAUUGGCAGCUCCUGGGGGAUAUCAACCGGGAACAGGCAAUGGAGGGAUUCAUCGACUUGUUGGAUAAUAUGUGUACCGCAUUUCGACCUUACGUGGAAGCAGUUAAACAAAAUCGCGAUGAAACGUUGAAGCAAGAGUUGCGUCGUAUGGAGGAAGAUAAGUUGGAGAAAGAAAAGCGUGAACGUGAACAAAAAGAGUUGCUAGAAGAGGGCUACAAAGAAGAAUUGCAAAGACGGAAACUAAAAGAUGCAUUAAAUAGACAAACUUUUCAGCAGUUUAAGAGCUACGCUGAAAUUCAGUUUCCUGGCAAUCCAGAACAACAGGGCGUACUCAUACGACAGUUGCAGGACGAGCAUUACCAUCAGUAUAUGCAACAACUGCAUAUGCAUAAUAAAUCUGACAUUGAAUUGCAUGAAGAAGGCGCGAAGCUACUUCAAAAUGAAACGGGUGACACAGCAAGUGGAUUGGAUGAAUGUAAGAAUGAAGAACAGCAGCAAGACGAUAACUGUCUAGAUGAAUUCAUUACAUUACAACCAGCUAACAUGUGGACGCGGCCAGAUAUCGAGGUAUUUAAGGCUGACGUAUCGCAAGGUGAAGGAGAUGGUGUGCUACAUUUAGAUCCGGGCGAAAUUGUAACGGUACGGGUACCAACAAUGGCAAAUGGCAAAAGUAUAUUCUGGGAAUUUGCCAGUGAUAAUUACGAUAUUGGUUUCGGUCUAUUUUUUGAAUGGAGCAAACCAACAACAACUGAGGUAGUUGUGCACGAGACAGACAGCGAAAACGGCGAUUGUGAUCUCGACGAUGAUCUCCAGUCAACAGCAGAAGAUCUUGAAAGUGGCUCCGUAAAUAUAGACCGAGAAUCGCUGGACGAUGGCAGCACCUCAAAGCCAUACGUAUCGAUAAUAGUGCCGCUAUAUCGUCGCGAUUGUUAUAACGAAGUUUAUGUCGGAUCGCAUUUGUAUCCAACGGAAGGAGUAUAUCUGCUGAAAUUCAGCAACAGUUACAGCUUUUUUCGCUCAAAAGCAAUCUACUAUCGCAUAUAUUAUGAACACUAGACAUAAUUUAAUGGUAAUUUUAUUGGCCAUGUACCUGUGCCGAAUUGACUUUAUGUUUUUCAAAUUCAAAUAAAUAAAUUUAUAAAUAAUUUUAUGAUGAAA